AUGCUUCUUCCUUCCGCCCUGUCGUGCGAGUCACGGCAGCAACAAUAUUCCACUCGCCAGCGCUUCGCUACCUCUCACCUCUUCCCAUCAACUCCUCCUCCUUCCGAUGAUGGCAUAAUUGCUGGCAACGGCCUGCUGGGGACAUGUCGUGCGCUCCAAUCUUUACUAAAUGCAUCCCCCGCGCCGUCACCCAGCCGUGGGCGCACCAGGGCUCCGAAGCCAGAGCGGCUUCAAAGUCCGCUACAGGUGAAACCACCAGCAUACCUGCAACCUUGCACCGCCUCCACGUCAUCAGUGUCUCCUGCAGCAUCCUCGACAGCAGUACGCACUGUCAAGAAGGUCGUCAAGCCGGCCGUAAAGUACCCUCGAGGAGCCAACAAGAGACGGAGAGAGGCCUACGAGGAUCCCAUGGAUUUCCAGCCGGGUAGCAAAAACAGAGAGCACGAGGAUAAAUUCUCAACACCUAAAAGGCAGAGGCGCGCACCGCCAGAGCUACCACUGGGCCUCGAGACCGGGGACUUCCGAUCACUUGAUUCCCCAUCUAGAGGUCGCGGAUCGCAACUAUCACCUACCCAGUCUCCAUGCACCCGACGGCCGUGGAAUCUACGAAGCGAUGAUAUAAAUUCAAUACCUACAACUAUUGUUACAUCUCCCGCCUCUACUACUUCAUGCGCCAUCACAACUACCACCCACAACUCAUUAAACAACGCCAUUGACUCUUCGAUAUUCUCUUCUCCACCCCAUCCAACUGCCGAGUGGACUAGCGAAGAUGACGGAAGGCUAGUCGAACUCGUGCUGGAAAAGCUAAAGCUCUCUAAACGUGACUGGAACGACUGUGCAAGGCGGAUGGGGAAGAACCACGAUUCCGUUGGGAAACGCUGGAAAGCCCUUGUUGGAGAAGGGAACGUCGGCCUCAGACGAGGUCGACGGAUGGUUAGAGGCCGGAUUGAUGAGAGCUGGCGGCCAUGA